AUGGAGUUCGACAUUGUUUCCAUGUCGGAAGCCAACCAGGAGUAUCGGCGGCUAUGCAUGGCAAACACGAAUCCUGAGCACGUGAAGCAUAUGUUCGGCAGCAUAGAAGAUCAGUGCAGAGCCCACUCACCUUGCUUGUUGUGCCACGAGCGAGGGCAGCAGUGCAACGUGCGAGAGUUGUGUGAAUCAGAGGGGGUGGACCUUCUUGUCGCAGGGUCGCCUUGCGACCCGUUCUCGAAAAUGAGGGCUAAGCGGUUUGCUUGUGGGACACUGAAGCAGCACGUGUCGUAUGGGAUCACAAUGGAUGCGAUGGUGGAAAGCUUCCUGUGUCACAAGCCCAAAGUAGCCAUCAUGGAGCAGGUCGGUCUGCACUCCGGUUCUGCAGAUGCUGCAGAGGCAGCGGCAGAGGCUCAGCACGGACAGUGCAUCGUGCUCCCAGUGACAUGCAAAACACCGCUGGCCAUUGAGAGUUUUCUCUCCUCGCUUGGCAUUGCAGCUCCGGCGGAGUCUGUUACACAUGCAAAGGUGUUGCAAACAGAGGUGGAGGUGAUGCUGGUCUAUGGCCUUGAAUCGUCUGGCAACAACCAGAGUGAAACUGAGCAUUCGGGUUCUGCUGGCAGAGCCAGGGCCACUUGCAUCACUUGCAGGAUCCCCACCUGCCUUCAGGCCGUCGAUAAAACCACGGCUGUCAAUCAACGUGCCUGCAUUUUCGAGACGUUGAACCAGUUGCCCGAAUGGACCAGGUUGGCCAGCAACUUCAAAGUGAAAUGUCGGCAAUCAACGUGUGACAGGUAUUCCGCAAACCGGCUCACUGAGGAUGGGCUCAUGUGUGAAGGUUACCAUAUGCAAGACUGGAUGUUGCUGAACCUGAGCUCCGGCACCACUGCAGCCUCGGAGCACGUAGAGGCGAUGCAGUGGCUCGGCCUGAUCCAGGGGCAUCACGGCUUGUUUACUCGGCUGAUGCAGGUGUAUCUGGGAAGCCCUGCACAGCCUCCGGUUCAAGCUCCCCCACCGCAGGAAGCAGAUGCUCCAGUAGCGGUUGCGACCACGGACAAUGAUGAUGAGGAUUUCUUCGCUUCAUGGGGAGCCGCUCUUGACUUGGAGCUGCAGGCGGCUGGCCCGCGUGAGCAACCGGAAACAGGAGCGGUCCCGGUAGCCAAUGCCGACAUGGACGGCAACAAGGGCCCUGUUGAUCCUGCUCAGGCAGCUGAUGCCAAGGACGAACACGAGGCCUGGUUGGAGAUGAAGCGAAAGCGCAGGCAAACCGCCGAAGCAUUUGCUUUGUCAGAUCCACUUCCGAGGCUGUCGGUAAUGCACGAGGCUACGUCCUUCAUGCUUUUGGAAGCUGCCCGCGGAACGGAUGUGACUUCUGUGUUCAAAGAGUUCUUGCAGAUACUCUGGUCAGACCCAAAAGCAAUCAUGGCAGAGAAGUGUGGCGAGCGCGAAGCAGCCUUCCGUACCAAGCCUUCCAAUUGGUGGCUGAGGACUUAG